CUCAUAUGAAACAGGAAGUAGUGGCAAUGGAAUAUUAGGCUAAGGUGUUUCAUGGCAAAAUAGGGGUGUAAGGUUUCAAACAAAACACGAUUGCAUUUAAGCACAUAAAUUGUCCGCUUAUGUAUAGUCGUAUACGAUAUAAAUUUUAUAUAAUGACGAAUCGUCAGGCCAUGCAGGAAUAAAAGCUUCAGAAAGGCCGUAAACAUAAGGUAUGGGAUGAAUUCUUAGUGGUGAUCCUACGCCGGGUAAACUAAGCAAAGAUUAGACGGUAUUUAGCAAUAACAUAGGGAAAACCGGCUCUCAUUUUAUUACAAUCUUUAACAACGUGUGCACUGUGCGGGUUGUGUAACAAACCAAUCUGCCAGGCAAUAUAGGCUAGGCAUGGCCUCUGCACCAGAUUCUGCUCCGGCCAAACAAAUGGAAGAACUUCUGACGUGCGACAUUUGUAGAGAAAUUUUGGAUGAACCGAAGACACUUCCUUGCUUUCAUUCAUUCUGCAAAAUAUGUCUCGCGAAAUUUAUCGAAGUUCAACGUGAGAAAACCCAACGGCCGCUUCGUCGAAGCUUAAGAGCCCAGUAUUUCUACGAUUGUCCUAAGUGCAGAACCCAGUUUGAACUGAAAAGUGAUAGCAUGGAAGGUAUUCCGCCAAAUUUUUUCAUCAACAACCUGUUAAAAAUACUGCCGGCCAUACAACAACAAACUCAAAAGCAAGCAGCUCUUGUUUGCGGGCCUUGCAAAGCUCAAGAGUCAGUCACAAGCAGAUGUAUUGAAUGCGAGCAAUAUCUAUGCGAGACGUGCUUAACAACACACAAUAAAUGGCCAGACUUCAGAAACCAUGUUGUUAUGACCUUGGAGGAUUUGGAAAAACCAGAGAACCAAAGCAAAGCAAACGGAAAACUACGUUGCCUAAAGCCAGGACACGGAAGUAAAUCAUUCGAGUUUUAUUGCGACAUAUGCGAGGAAUUGGUUUGUAUUACUUGCGUUCUAAUGAAUCAUCCGAGACCUGAGCAUAGCUAUUGACCAACUGAUGUAGUG